CUGGUUUCUUUACGUCCCCUCCCCCGCUUCUCGAUUGUACCCUAUCAAAAUCCCCGAAUGCCUUGCUAUGCGGUGUUGGGGGCUACAGGCAAUACGGGCCGUGCGCUCGUCCAGGUACUCCUUGAUCGAACCGACCACAGAGUCCACGCUUACUGCCGAUCCCAAGAGAAGCUCUUCCGACUCUGUCCCGCGGCCGCCAAUCAAGCGCGAGUUUCCGUCUUUGAAGGUGGUCUGCAUAGCGAUGGUAUUAUCGAUGAAUGUCUCCGGGGGACCGACGCCGUGUUUCUGGUAGUCGCCAUCGUCGACAACAUGCCAGGCUGUACUGUUGCGAUGGAGACUGCGGAGGUCGUUGUUGCCUCUCUACAGCGCUUGAAAGCCGCCUCACCCACGAUGCGUCCUCCACGACUGAUCAUGCUCUCGUCGGCCUCGCUGGAAGAGUCGUUCUGCGACGACGUGCCCCCGGGGGUUCACUGGGUCCUCAAGACUGCCGUCUCGCACCUAUACCACGAUCUAGCUGCUGCCGAAACUUUUCUCCGUGCCCAGUCGGACUGGCUGUCGGCGACCUUUGUGAAGCCGGGCGGCCUAGUGCAUGAUGAAGCCCGCGGGCACGAAGUGCGUCUGGACAAAGCAAAAACACCACUCUCGUUUCUCGACUUGGCAGGAGGGAUGAUCGAAGUGGCCGAGGCAGUAGAUGACCGCUACGACAUGCACAGUGUGAGCGUUAUACCGACGUCUGACAAUGUAAAGUUUCCGUGGGAUGGUAUCUACUACGCAUUCACCGGAUUGUUAUUUCAUUUUUUCCCUUGGACCUAUCGGUACAUAGGCGAAUAUCCAUUGCCGUCGGGAAGAAAGAUCCAUGCCAAAUAG